CACGUAGGAAGCCCUCACCGCCGUUUCUCAAAAUGAAGUGAGAGCAAAAAACCGAACCCUAAAAAUCGAAGUUGCAGCCGUUCCAAAUCGAUUCCCUCGUAGCCGUUCCAACUUCUUGACGAGACGCCAAGAACAAGAUUUUCCCUGACCUUUCAUUUUCUGGGAAAUUAAUUUCAGUGAGAUGGGGGCUAAGGCAAAGAAAGCCAUGAAGAAAAAUUUGAAGAAGGCUUCUUCUCAGUUGGUGGCUUCUGCACGUAAAACCGAAGCUCCUGAUUUCUUGCCACUGGAAGGUGGUCCUGGGCGCAAACUUCCCGAGCAAAAGCCAAGUGAGGAUAAAGCUACAGUUCUAUACAUUGGUCGGAUACCACAUGGGUUCUAUGAAAAGGAAAUGGAAGGUUUCUUUACACAAUUUGGUAAAGUCAAAAGAUUAAGAAUUGCACGGAAUAAAAAGACAGGAAAAUCAAAGCAUUUUGGCUUCAUCGAAUUCGAGUCUCCUGAGGUGGCAAAUAUUGUAGCUGAUUGUAUGCAUAAUCAACUAUUAUUUGAGCAUCUUUUGCAAGUUCAUCUUAUUCCUCCAGAGCAUGUUCAUCCCAAAUUAUGGAGAGGUUUCAAUUACCGAUACAAGCCAGUUGACCGGGUUCGAAUUGAAUGUAAGCGGCAAAACAAGGAAAGAACAUUAAAAGAGCACAAGAAGUUGGUGGAAAAGAUCUUAAAGCGAGAUCUGAAUAGGCAAAAGAAAAUAGAGGCCGCUGGUAUUGAAUAUGAAUGCCCAGAAAUUUUGGGUAGCAUCCAGCCUGCUCCAAAGAAGAUAAAGUUUGAUGAUGAAUAGUGAUUUGAUUAGGACAAGGAGAAGUUCACAAUUCGAGUAUCAUGAAGAUCGGAAGAGUUGAUGAGGCUUGCACAGCAUCUUCCUCAGUCUUGGGUCCUGGAUAAAUCAUUUGAAUCUCAUUCUUGUGUCCUUUAUUCAUAUAAUCCUGUUUUGGCCGUUGACUAAUCUAAUACUUUAAAGUAGACUGGAUGUAGAAUGUGUUUUCUUAAAGAAAUUUCUAUUAUGUUGAUUUA